ACCGAUAGAUACAGGACGGUGAGUCCAUCCCAUGCAGUGACAGGAGGGGUGUCCAUCAGUUAUUCUCUGUUUAUUUCUCCCAGUUAGUAAAAUAAAAUCAUUUACACCCUAGCAGGGCUGCUACAGGCAUUGGCUUCUUAAACAGAGCUGUAAAUAUGGAGACAGUGAAAUAAUUCAAUCAAGAACGGAACAGACCGGAGUUCUCUCCCAGCCUGAGAUAUUUUCUGUGAUGUUUCCACUUGGAAGACUGGAAAGUUGACACAUGACAUGUUCUCAAGCCCAGAACCUGGAACACAUCCCAUUAUCUAGAAUAGAUUAAAUACAUCUGUUUCAGAUACAUUGAUAUUCAGAAGAACACUGCAUGAAACCCUGCUAACAUCCGCUGCAUAUGUAAUACUUCUACUCUGAUUCACACAUCUGACCUAAGUUCUCUGCUCUUCUCCAUACAGCAUUAUCUUGAAGUUACAAUGGUUGGUGAAUGUACAUUGUGGAGGUACUGUAAAAUGUCAGUCCUCACUAUAUUCCUAUUUUCUACAUUCUACUUCUACAAUGCAAGGAGAGUUCAUAGCUCAUCUCCUUCACCAAACUCUCUGGAACUCAAGCCACAACCAAACCCUUCAGAACCCAAGCUACAGCCAACUGAAAGCCCUGGAUUGAACUUACCUUUGUCUACUACAAGACACCCAUUGUCACCCCCUUAUCCCUAUCCCUAUAAGUUCCUCUUGAACCCACAAGAAAAAUGCCAGAAGCAGAAGCCCUUCCUUGUUUUACUUGUAAUCGCAAGGAGCCCUGAUAUCAACUCAAGAUUAAUCAUUCGGGAAACCUGGGGAAAUGAAAGUAUCUACAAAGAUGUUGCUGUGGUCACGGUUUUCCUGGUUGGGGUCUCUGUGAAUGUGACGGACAGGGUGCAGGAGCAGUUAGAAGAGGAAAUGAACACCUAUGGGGACUUAGUACAGCAGGACUUUACGGAUACCUAUUCUAAUUUGACUCUUAAAACCCUAAUGGGCAUGGAGUGGAUUUCUAAAUAUUGCCCAGAUGCCAGUUACGUAAUGAAGAUAGACAGUGAUAUGUUUCUCAAUGUGGACUAUCUUGUACAUCACCUCCUGCAACCAGGAUUACCAGUCCGUCAGAACUACUUUACAGGAUUUAUUGUAGCCAACAGAGGCCCUAUAAGAGACAAGAAAUUAAAAUGGUAUGUCCCCAAGGAAGUGUAUCCCAAUGACACUUAUCCCCCAUACCCCGUUGGUGCUGGCUAUGCCUUCUCUGCUGAUAUGGCCAAAAAGAUUUAUGAUGUAGCCCAGACGAUUAGGGUGGUGUCAAUGGAGGAUGCCUUUAUGGGAAUCUGCUUGUACGAAAUGAAGAUCCCACCCACUAACCCUCUAAAUCCUUAUAUAUUUAAUGGGUACAGGGUAGAUUACAAACUCUGCCUGUUUAACAAGUUGAUCGCAGUGCACGGUUAUUCGGGGGAAGAACUGCGGGACGUAUGGAAGGACUUCUGGGCCAAGAGGUCGGGGUGCAAGGACUAAAGACUGAUAUGGUAUAAGAAGUGAUUUUAGAAAGUACUGUUUUACAUAUAAAAGAAAAGGGGAAAUACUCCAUAAUUGACCCUUAUCCAGUAUAUGGGAUAAAAGUCAGUAGUUAUUAUCUUUUAUUCACAUAGUGCGGGCAUGUUUUCCAGCAUUUUGAUUGCUCUCUGCACUAGAAGAGACAAAAAUCAGAAUUUCGGCUCUUAAGUUGGCUAUCGCAGGUUUCUCAACUUGCCUUAUGGCAGCAGCGCCCAUGGUUGUGGGAGAGAGUGCAUCGUUGGGCCCUGUCAUAAUUUACUGGCAGCUUAUAUAUGUAUGCUUAAUCCCACCCAUAAUCAUAACCCCCAUUUACCUUCUAUCAUUUCUAUCAUUUGGUGGUGAGGUGCAAAGUGCAAAAUAGAGGCUCAUUUGUAAACUUUAACACAUUCAGAAAAGCAACUCCGCUGGGUAACAUCCAGUUCCAGAUACAUCGCACCAGUGGGUGGGUUACUGAAUGUACAUGGGUAUUACGUCAUUUUGACACUAAGUACUAAAAAAACGAAGAAAUGAAGCUCAGGGGUAGUCACAAAUAAUCAAUGAGCUCUCAUGUAAUAAUUAUCUGUAUUAAUUACAGCCUUAUACAGUAUAUCGUGAUAUUUAUAUUCUCUAUAUACAGUAUAGUGUGAGCGGGCCCCUAAGCUCAGGUUAUAUUGUGCCAUUUAUAUUCUGUA